AUGACAGCGGUUGCCAACACAUCAGCGGGCCUCGGCGGGGACAGCUAUGCCCAACAGUGGAUCCUCAUGCUGGCCCUUACUACCCUCGUCCUCUCGCUGGCCAUCCUAUCGCAGUUUGCAACCUGCUAUGCAAGAGCCUACAUUGAUGCGCCCAGCGAGGUGUCUGCUUUUCUGGAUGCCAUCGAUAGCUCUAUCGCCGAGAACGAGUCCUACGACCAUGAUAUCGCCAAGGUGAAGCGGUUUGACGAUAAGCUGCGGCUGGGGAAGUUGUUGCGCGACAUUCAGAAAGCAGGGGACGUGCUGAGAGAGGCGCUUAAUGCGUUGAUGGAAGAAAGGGAGGGCGAGAAGAGGGCAGCCCAACUACGGACCGGCGCGAGAUUACUAUGGGCUAGUCACCGACAAGAGUUGGAGGAUAAAGUGCGCCGGAUGGAUCUGUUGAGGAUGCGGUUUCUGGUCGUGCACAUGGGGAUUAUCUCCAGUAUGGCAAGUGACAUGGCGGCAAUGGCGAGCAGGACGAAUGGAAUGGCUAUCAAUGCGAGCACCAGACGAGAGUCGUCACAGAGGCCACUGCCGCCGGCAAGCCCACCUUUGACACCUGAGCCACCACCCUUACCACCACCGCUACGCGCGUUUACAGAUUCGCCCAUCAAGUCCAAGCCACCUUUGAGGAGGCUAACGGUACAUUCGAUGGGCCAUCCAGAAGCAAUAGAGGUGCCGCAUCGAACGGGGUGGGCAGGUGUAAUGCAAGAGCUUCAGAGAAGCCCGGUAUUGAGAGAGAGGCACGCCAGCAUCGAGCUUGCCAUGUCUCGAGCGGUUUGUUGA